AUGAAGAAUCUACUUGUUACAGUCACUAUUGCAAUUGGACUUGUAUUUGCUAUUAGUGCUAUUCCGACUCGUCGUGAAACUGACGAAAUACCAUGUGAACAUCAAAUCUGUCUCACCGAUAUAUCGAUCUGUCUAUGUGGUUCGACACUAACACCGGAUGAUCAAUGUGGCUGCCCAUUUCGAUGUACGCAAUGUUCGUUUGAAUACUUACCAUCGUUCAACUUUAAUUUUACUGGUAUUAUCUUUCCAGAAAUCGAUUGGUCCACUCUUGUUUUCGAUUUCUCAAAUUUGAAUCUGAAUCUUGGCAAGAAAAAAUAG